UUGUCUGAUUGCCCUCAGUUGUAUCGCUGGCACCAGAAAGAAAACAUGUUUGUGCAAAAAGCGCUCAAAACCAGUUUCUCAGGGCUGGCAAACGCCUGUAGCCGCGGACAGGGGCUCACUGCAGCAGUUUCCAGACUGCAGCACAGCCAGGCCCAGCAGCAUGGGAAGCAUGCCGCCUCCACUCGUCCAGAGACUGCAAGCGCCAAGAGUCUGAUGGACAUCGGGACACGGAGGAUCUUCACUGAGGACCAUGAUCUCUUCAGACAGAACGUCCGGCGCUUCUUCCAAGAGGAGGUGAUCCCCCACCACAAUGAGUGGGAGAAGGCAGGCCAGGUGAGCAGGGAGUUGUGGGAGAAGGCCGGGGAGCAAGGCCUGCUGGGAGUAGUGAUACCAGAGGAGCAUGGUGGAAUUGGAGGAGACCUGCUGUCUGCUGCUGUCGUCUGGGAGGAGCAGAUGUAUUCAAACUGCUCAGGCCCAGGUUUCGCCUUGCAUUCGGAGAUUGUGAUGCCCUACAUCAGCAACUAUGGUAACAAGGAACAGAUUGAUCGCUUCAUCCCCCAGAUGGUUGCUGGGAAAUGCAUUGGUGCCAUCGCCAUGACCGAACCAGGGGCAGGCAGUGAUCUUCAAGGUGUGAGGACGUACGCCAAGAAGGACGGCAGUGACUGGAUCCUCAACGGUAACAAGGUGUUCAUCACAAAUGGUUGGAUGUCUGACCUGGUGGUGGUGGUGACUGUGACCAACCGUGAAGCAAAGACAGCAGCCCACGGCAUCAGUCUGUUCCUGGUGGAAAAUGGAAUGAAGGGCUUCCACAAAGGACGCAAGCUGGAGAAGAUCGGACUGAAGGCCCAGGACACAGCUGAACUAUUCUUUGAGGAUGUGCGUCUCCCAGCUAAUGCCCUUCUGGGUGAAGUCAACAAGGGCUUCUACUAUUUGAUGAAUGAACUGCCUCAGGAGCGUCUGAUGAUUGCUGACAUGGCCAUAUCGAGCUCUGAGUUCAUGUUUGAGGAAACCAGAAACUAUGUGUUGCAGAGGAAGGCUUUCGGCAAGACAGUAGCUCACCUACAGACUGUGCAGCACAAGCUAGCAGAGCUGAAGACUGAAAUCUGUGUAGGCCGAGCCUUUUUAGAUAGCUGCCUUCAGCUCCAUGCUGAGAAACGCCUGGACUCCUCCACUGCCUCCAUGGCCAAGUUCUGGGCGUCAGACCUUCAGAACAAGGUGGCCAGUCAGUGUCUGCAGCUCCAUGGAGGGUGGGGCUACAUGUGGGAAUACCCCAUUGCCAAAGCAUUCGUGGACUCCCGUGUUCAGCCCAUCUAUGGAGGCACCAAUGAGAUCAUGAAAGAGCUGAUAGCCCGUAACAUUGUCAGCCAGAAGUGAGGGAUUUUGAUCAUUUUUUUUUUUUUUUUAUGGUGGAGGACAGGGCUGGGCAGUGUGACGAUAUCAUAUCGAUAUGGUGAGGGAUUUUGGUCAUGGUAAUACUGUGAUAUGCCAUAAGUGCCUUCUCUUCCUGGUUUCAAAGGCUGUAUUACAGUAAUGUGACAUAGUUUUCUGAAGUUAAUCAUCUGCUCUAGAUGCUGUGUUUUUCAUCUCUACCUACUUGGACAUCAUAUCCACAUUACUAAUGAUUGUUUAUCAAAACUCUCAUUGUGUAAGUUUUGAGACAGCACCAGUAAUCAUCCCUACAAUAUUGUCAAAAUAUCAAUAUUGAGAUAUUCGGUCAAACAUAUCAUGAUAUUUGAUUUUGUCCACAUCGCCCAGCCCUAGUGGAGGAGCACUGGGGAAGUUCAAUGGUUCGCACACCUGGAAGCCUGUCUGGGAAGUUGGGAAAAAUAUGGAACAUGAAUGUGAUCAUUUAAGCAUCCUGAUAAGUCGUAAUUAUUGAAAUUAUGGCAGCAUCAUUCAGUCCUUUUUUUGUUGUUUAAAAUAUUGACCAGAAUUUCCAGCCCUGUUUUACUGGUGCUAUUAUGAGCGCUAAGCACAUAAAGGUGGAUUAAACAGUGCCUGUUUGACACUGAAUUAGUAAGAGCACUUUAAGCAUGGCAGCUUCUCAUUCCUUUUGUUAAUUUGAUCAAGAUUCUCGAAUCAUAGGUUGUUGGAUUUUACAACAUUGCUGCUGUCUUGAUGCGUAAUCAAGAAGACAUGUCUUUACAGCUCUCGCCACACAGUGCCAUUUUUAAUCUUGAAAUUAUGUAGACUACAUAAACAGGUAUUUGCCAUCUAAUAUUUCUCAGACUUAACUGAGUGUUUAAUGUACAGUAGGAGCAGCACAGUUGCUCAGUGGUUUGCACUUUGUCCUCACACAGAUGACUGAAUAGGAAUAAGCGGAUAUGAAAGUGGAUGUUGUUGCAUGUCCCAUGAUGAUGUAAUCAUAAAUAAACUUGCUAUAUUUUUGAA